AUGAGCUACUCGCCGCAACCGCCGCCCAGGAGCUACAGCAAUCUCAACGUCGACUGCAUCGACGGCGUUUUUCGGCCAGUCCCUCAGACCAGUCCACUCACCAAGGUUCGCAUAGAAGCGUUCUCACAAAAUUAUCUUUUAAAAUCCCUUCUAUACGAUCUAAAAAAGUUUUUUUUGAAAUUCGUUUUCAAUUUGUUGAAAAACCGUUCAUUUGAGCAAGUAGACCACUUGGCGUAUGAGAUCCCGAAGAACAAAUAUGCACAGAACCCGUGGAACUACGCUCCAGAGUUCCUCAAAGUAAGAGAAAACGGCGACACGAAACCGUGUUCACUGAUCUUUUUUUUUUAGGUGUUCAGUGACUUGCGCAUGCACGUGGGAGGAAAGGCCGUCUUCGACUGUGUUGUUUUGGGCAGUCCACGACCGAAGGUCAGCUUUUUUACAAUCAAUUUGUCAAUAAAUUUUUCAUGUUUUGUUUUGUUGGGGGAGGAAAAAUCAUCAAGUCAUGGCAAAAAGUUAAGCUCUACAUGUAAUCAAGCCAAUAAUCACUAAAAAAGUUUUAUGGAAACAAAAACGUCGUUCUUCAAAAAAUGUUUACAUUCGAAAAUGUUUAUUCUGCAGGUUUGCUGGCUGUUUAACCAGGACAAAAUGAGAUUCACGGACGUAGUGAUCGAAGACACGGCCGAUAUCUGUAGACUCACCAUCCCCUACGUCCAGCCUCACCACUACGGUUUCUCUUUAUCGACCUUUUGCAUUCCAAAAAUUGUCCUCAGGAGGCUUCACGGUGCUUUGCGAGAACGAGGUUGGACGAGCCAUAGCUUCCGCCGACCUCCUUCCUUAUUACUGA